GGAAAAUCCUACUUUUGGCAUGUAUUAUUGGGUUAUGAUUCAUGCAAGAUGCCCAAGAUGAUGUAGACUCUAGAGGACUCAAGACUACUAAAGUUCUCAAGAAAGAGCAGAUAGCCUUGAAUGAGAAAGAUGAACACAUUAUCACUCUUUCACUAGAUGAUCUUGGUGUUGAACCUUCAAUGGACAUAUCUGAGUCACAUUCAAUUAUCAUUGAGGUGUGGUCCCAACCUGCAAGUACUGAGGUGGUUGAUAUGAAACAGGUCAUUGAUGUGAAGUCAAAGAUGAAUGCUCCAGGCCAUUUGAACGAGUUUGUGAAUAUAAAGGAUACUAUUCCAAUUUUGAGGAAUCAAACAUCAGGCAAAAUUUACCAUUACAUCAUCUACGAUUUGUGUUACUUAUCAUACCAGUUACAAGAGACCCCAACAAUCGAGCUCAAAUUUGAAGCUCUUGAUGGGUCAGUAAAGAGCGAUUUCAUUGCAAGAGUAGUAGAAUUCAAGAAUUUGAAAAUUAAUUGUGUUGAUUCUGAUAGCGACUGGUUUUUGCCAAGAGAAGACCAUGCAAGUUGCCAAACAUGGGACCAAAAGGUCUGGGUAUAUGGAGGAAGAAGAAAUGUUGAUGAUACAGUUGUUCCAAUGGGGGAUAUCAUGAAGUACGACUCAAAACUUAACAGGUGGUUUAAAGCAAAGGAAAAUUCAAAUCUAAAACCAAAGCCCAGAUAUGCCCACUCGAUGUUUUGCUAUUUCAACUAUCUUAUCAUCUUUGGAGGAAUGUCUUAUGAUGGAGAAAUCUUAGGAGAUCUCUGGGUGUAUGAUAUUACAAAGGAAAUAUGGACUUCAGUCAUAGACAACAAGAACUUGCUAGAACUCCAAAUCCAGAAUGUGACUGGUGUCAUUCCAAAGGAAAGAGCUUAUGCAGCCUCGAUCAUGAUGAAGGUCCUCGGAGCAGGUUACCUGGUUGGAGGUAAAAAUAGAGAAGGAUAUGCUUGCGAUCUUUGGGCACUCAAGAUUGAUAAAGUUAUCCAAUACGUUGAGGAUCCAGAGUCGGUUCAUAUCUCAAACUUUUGGGUGAAGAAGGAAUUUGAACAAGAAAUGAAUCAAUUUUGUAGAUUUGGCCACUCAGUUGCUGAAGUAACCAACACGACAUUCUUGAUUUUCGGAGGACUUGAUAAUAAUGAUAAAGUUAUAUCCUCCCCAGUGCUGUACAAUGUGGUUAACCAGACAGCUUUAGACCUGAUCGAAAGAGGAUAUGAUGGAGCCCCAAUGAAAAGAAAUAAGCCUGCUAUGUUAUCCAGCGGAAACCAAAUGGUAAUUAUGUAUGGAGGAGUAGACCCUGAAAGGACUGGAUACCUCACAGAUUUGUGGCAUCUAAAAGUUAGCGAACCCGAUAUAAUUUAUGAAAAAGUUGAGUAUGAAACCAAAGGAACAGCAUAUAUGGUUUCAUGGAGAAGUGGAUUCACAAUGGAAUACCUUAGAGGAAAGAAAUAUCCUUACUUAAUCGGAGGAUCCUUUGGAAACAAUCAACAAUCUCAGGCCUUAAUCUCUCUUCCUGAGGUUAAGUGAGGUAACCUUACUGAUUUCCAAACAACAACUUGCUCUCCCUGUCCAAAAGGUAGCUUUUUCAGUGGAAAGACAAAAGAAUGCAAAUGGUGUGAGCAGUAUGAAUAUUUUGAUGAAAACUUCGAUGACUACUUCAAGUCUCAGUGUAACUCGUGUCCAAGAGGACUGAUUGGAGGAAACUACAGAAGCUGAGUCCCAUGAGCUGGAGGAUUCAUCUUUAGUUCUGCUUCAAGAUCUCAUUGUAAAGAAUGAGCAGAGGAUAAAAUUUGUCCUUUAGGAACCAAGUAUGAAUUUGAAAAGGAAAAAUUUGCUGCUUUGAUGAGUGAUGUUCAAAUCAAUAACAUCCCUAAAAUUUUAGAUACAAAUGAUAUUACAGUAGAUUAUACAUCUACCUACAUAGUUCUCUUGUUAGUAUUCCUCACCCUAGUGUGCUCGAUCAUUGUCGCUAUUAUUCUAACUGGAUGUAAAGAAAGAUUCCUUUUCAUUUUCAGAGAAAUUGAUAGUGUUGCAGUAACUGGUGGUAAGAGAAAGAAAGUGGUUGGAGGUAUCCUGAUGGUGUUCUUUAUAUUAUACCUUACUCUCAUCUGGGCAGGAUACCUUAUCAAUUAUCUCGCGUACAACGAAAGAAGAGAAACCUCUGAAACUCAAAAUCCUUUUAGUCAAAGAGAAAUGCCAUCUUCUUAUGAAAUUGAAAUCCAGGCUUAUGGAAGUAAGGUCAAGGAAGCUAAUGGACCUUUCUUGCUAUACAAUGCUAGUAAAGAAAAAGAGCCAAAUUCAAAUCCAGAUGAUCUCUGUGACAAAUAUAAAAAGGAGAUUAACCUCCAUGAGAAAGGAAGAGACAUGGUUCAGUUUUCAUCUUAUUUCAGAGGAGCUAAAGUUGCUACAUUCCAGUGCAAGAGAAAUGCCCUAAAUAGUUUUUCAGAUGAAUACAACCUCAAAAUUGUGUUCAAAGAUGUACCAAAAGCAGAGAUAAAGGAUCAAAUCAUUCAUGUUUCUUUUGAUUCUGAUUACACUUAUGCGUAUCACUUCUUCAAGUGGAAGUUCAGAUCGGUCUGGGAAUAUGGAUUCGAAGAUAUGCCAAUAGCUUUCUCUGAAAUUGAAGGAAUCAUGACCCCACAAAUGAUGCAGGACUCUAAUAAGAACAUCACUAAAGCUUUCAAAGGACCAGAGCCUACAACCCUGUCAAUGUCUCUGAUCCCAACCCAUUAUGUCAAUGAGUUUGAAGGAACGAACCACGAAGGUUACAGAGUACAGUUGGAGGAAUUCUCUAGAGGAAGUACCGUAAACAAGAGAAAUCUCGUCAACAGAUACUUGGCUAAUGGGGAUGAGCACAAAGGAUUAAAAAUCCAGUUUAACGUUAAGAGUUCAAACAUGCUCUUCCAAGUUAGAAUAGAGAAAAUAAAAAGUAUCCUAGAGGUAGCAGCCUACAUGCUUGGGUUCCUUGCUGGAUUCAUUAUUGUUGUCAGAGCGACAAAGUACUACCUUCUCAAAGAGACAUAUUUCCUCGAACUUGAGAAACAAUGAGAGCAGUACUUUGGAAGACACCGAGAAAUUAAGUACGAAGAUGAGGAUGAUAUUACCAAUAUCGAGCUAAUGAGAUUAGAAAGAACUCGUCAUAGAAACCGUAUAGCAGACGAGGGAGAUCAUCUCAAUGCUUCUGAUGCGGUCAACAGAAACUCUGUAGUAGAUCUGGAUCAUAGCGAGCUAAAUGAUGAUGAAGAGAAUGACCUAAAGAAAUUAGCUAUUUAGUGUAAUUCAAUGUAAAAAUGAUUGAA